AUGGACGUGUCUUUCCGAGAUUCUUCCGGCACCGCAUUCGCGGUUGGUCUAAUAACCGGCGGCGUCGAGAUGUGGCGGCGAACGACAACAACAACAACAGGUGGAAAAAAGAGAGUAAAGAAACAGAGCACGAUUCAAGCGCACUCGGAAUCGGUUCGAGCGCUCUCGCACAUGAGAAACGGAGACGUGUUAGCCACCGGGUCGGGUGAUUGUUCGGUGAUGCUGAUUGAUUCGACCACGGAGCAAGCGAUUGGGAGAUUCGCGGAAGCGCACGAGGAAGCGAUAACGAGACUGACGGUUUUAGACGACGCGAAUAUCAUCGCAACCGGGUGCGAUGAAGGCGUGAUAAAAAUUUGGGACGUCAGAGAGGAACGGUGCGCGCAUUCGUUUAAGAAGGACGAGAUAUUUGUAGAUUUCGUUUCGGAAAUGUACCACGAGACGACGAGCGAACGAAACGCGUUGGUCGCAACCUCCGGAGACGGGACGUUGGCGUGUCUCGAUUUGAAUGCGAUGAAAGUGCUCGGACAGAGCGAUAACAUGGAGGACGAGUUAUUGUCGUGUUGUGUGGUGAAGAAUGGGACGAAAGUUGUCGCCGGGUCGCAAGGCGGGAACUUGAACAUUUGGAAUUACGGGGAUUGGAUCGACUCGAACGAUAGGUUUCCCGGUCACCCGUCGAGCGUAGACGCGAUGGUGAAAGUGAGCGAAGACAUCGUUUUAACUGGGAGUUCAGACGGGCUCAUUCGCGUCAUAACGGUGUUUCCAAACAAAAUGUUAGGCUUAGUUGGUGAACACGGAGAGUAUCCAAUCGAACGCAUGCGAUUGACCGCGGAUUUGAAUACCUUGGCGAGUGCCAGUCACGACCACACGGUGAAAAUUUGGGACGUGUCCUUCUUACACGAAGAAGAUGCGAAAGGAGACGGGGGAGAAGACGCCAUGGACGCGGAUAACAACCGAGAAGAUAGUGAUAUGGACGAAAGCGAUAGUGAAGACGAGAGAAAAAAGCAGAAACAAAAGAAGAAAAAGGGCAAAGGCAAGAACCGGCGGUUACCCGGACGCGGCGACUUGCACACCAACGCGGCGAAAAAAAAAGCCGCUAAAUUCUUCGACGGGUUGUGA